GAGCGAAGACAGCCACAUUCAGAAGACACAGAACUGAGAUCCUCCAAAACAAAGGUGAAUUUCAAUUUUCUUAUGAAUGUGCUCGUGUAUAAAAAGGUGGAAUAGUAGAUGGGAACCGCUGAUCUAGAAACAACGCCAGGGUGAUGCAGGGCUUCAAUGGGUCUGAGCGGUGCCCCAGAGACACGCGGAUAACGCAGCUGGUGUUCCCCGUGCUCUACACCGCAGUCUUCCUGACUGGCUUCCUGCUGAAUGCUGUGGCCCUAUGGGCAUUCCUUCAUGUUCCCAGCUCCUCCACCUUCAUCAUCUACCUCAAAAACACUCUGGUGGCCGACUUGAUAAUGACACUCAUGCUUCCCUUCAAAAUCCUCUCCGAUUCACACCUCGGACCCUGGCAACUCAGAGCCUUUGUGUGUCGCUUCUCUUCUGUGGUCUUUUAUGAGACCAUGUACGUAGGCAUGGUGCUGCUGGGCCUCAUAGCCUUUGACAGAUUCCUCAAGAUCAUCAGACCUUUUGGGAAAAGCUUUGUGAAAAAACCUGCUUUUGCAAAAAUGGUUUCCAUCCUCGUCUGGCUCGUCUUGUUCCUCAUCUCCCUGCCAAACAUGAUCUUGAACAACAGGGAAGCAACGCCGGUGUCCGUGAGAAAGUGUGCGUCCUUAAAGGGCCCUCUGGGGCUGAAAUGGCACCGAGUGGUAAAUUACAUAAGCCAGUUCAUUUUCUGGACUGUUUUUGUCCUAAUGCUCCUUUUUUAUGUGGUGAUUGCAAGGAAAGUAUACAGCUCUUAUAAAAAGUUCAGGAGUAAGGACCACAAAAGCCACAAAAGGUUGGAGGGGAAAGUGUUUGUUGUCGUGGCCGUCUUCUUCGUGUGUUUUGCCCCAUUUCAUUUUGCCCGGGUUCCAUACACUCACAGUCAGACCCACAAUAAGACCAACUGUAAGCUGGAAAACCAGCUGUUCAUCACUAAAGAAACAACUCUCUUCUUAGCAGCAACUAACAUCUGCUUAGAUCCCUUAAUCUACAUCUUCUUAUGCAAAAAAUUCACAGAAAGGCUACCAUGCAUGAGAGGGAGAAGGACCCCAGCAUCAAGCCAAGAGCAUCAGAGUAGUCAAACAGACAACUUCACCCUAGGCUGAAACUAGACACAUGGCUAGCUUCUACUUAGUGAUAAAAUGUAUGUGGAAAUCAAAUUUAAGCAGUAAAAGAAAAAAGAGAGGAACAAGUGCUUUCUUACAUUUUAUAAUCUUAGUGCACAGAAAAGAUUUUUUUUUCAAUUUUAAAACCAAGUUUCACAGAAAAGAUUAUAUAAAUCCAACCACACAGAUUUAUGUAUAAGCAGAAUAAACUAACAUUUACAAGAAUACAACAGAAAG